AUGGCUGAUACACAGCAGCCCUCUGUCGCGGUUAUUGGUCUUGGGGCGCAGGGUGUCAACGCCGUCAAGAAUCUGCUCGAGCAAGGCUUUACAGUCACUGGAUUCGACCGAAACAGUUAUAUUGGCGGCAUCUGGCAUUAUUCUGCGGAGCAUAAUGUCACUGCCCUGCCGAUUACAAUAGUCAAUAUCUCAAGGGAACGGGCAUGUUUCACAGAUUUUGCAUUUCCUCCGGAAACGGACUCUUACCCCAGCUCUGCACAAGUCGACAAGUAUCUGAAUGAUUACGUCGACGCGUUCGGACUCAGACCUCACCUGCGCCUGUCGACAAGGGUGGAGUCCAUCGAACGCGAUGACACGCAGAACUGCUGGCACGUUACUGUCUCAGGACCCAACUCGGCGGAACCUGAAAGGCUCAGGUUCGAUAAAGUCGUGAUGGCCACUGGGCCGCACAACAGAGCCAUCAUGCCAGAUCUUCCAGGCCAAGAACUGUUCGAAGGCGAGAUUCUACACUCAAUAGCAUUCAAGGAUCCCAAACUCUUCCGGGGUAAACGUGUGAUGGUUGUAGGAGCGAGCAAUUCGGCUGCGGACACAGCCACAUCACUCAUUGGUAUUGCCAGGGAAAUCUAUCUUUCCCAUCGCCACGGAGCUGUUGUCAUGCCGAGACAUCUCAGGAACGGAAAGUCGCUAGACCACGGCCUCAGUUAUCGGCAGUUCCAGGUCAAGGACGCGAUGGACUCGGUGGCGCCGUGGCUGUCCAUACUUUUCCUGGACGGCUUUGUCAACAAGACACAGCGCGACGAGUUCGGCACCUUUGAUCCCCAGUGGCGUUUGCAGCCGUCGCCUUCCCUUCUUCAUCAGAACCCUACCAUCUCAGACACUCUCAUUGCAGCAUUGCGCGAUGGCGCGAUCAGUUCAACACAUGCGCCAAGAUGUGUCACAGGCGACCGGACGGUUGAGCUGCAGGACGGCAGCACACUCACCGUGGACAGCAUAAUCUUCUGCACCGGCUACUCGCUUGACUACUCUAUCCUGGGAAGAUACGACCCGACAUUGGACCCGUCCGUUCCUGGCGGGCACGUUAAUGACACUCCGCGGCUGUACCAAAACAUAUUCUCCCUGCACUACCCAGACAGUCUCGCGUUCGUUGGACUUGCAAUCAUCAUUUUCCCGGCAUUCCUACUUUCGGAUCUCGCCUCUAUGGCGAUAGCGGCUCUCUGGUCCAACAGGCCGGAGACACCUUCGCUCCCGUCGCAGCAGGAUAUGGAGCAGUGGUACGCCGAGCAUUUGACGUGGGUUAGCAGCAUUCGCGCGCGAAGCCCCUUGGGCAAAUUCGUCAGACUGAGUGUUCGCAGUGGGCAAUGGCUUCCAUGGGUCACGGACAAGGGAGGCUGCAAUAUUGACAACCACCUUGGUUACUUUACUGCGGAUUCGUGGAACCUUUGGUGGCAUGAUCGGCGGUUCUAUAACUUGCUUGUCCACGGGAUAUACUCGCCCCACUUCUAUCGACUGUUUGAAAGCAGUCGACCCGGCGGGCGGAAGAAAUGGGAUGGUGCAAGGGAGGCGAUUGUGCGGGUCAAUGAUGAAGUAAGAGCCCGGCUGGAGAAGCGAAGGGAGCAGGAAGCCUGA